UGCGGCUCUUAUCAGGCAUGGUUUUCCCCGCGAGAUUUGUAACUUCAAAAAGCUCGACGCUUAGUUAUACAGCUUGCUUCAUUAACAUUAUACCCACUUGCCAUUCCAAUCUAAUCAAACCCUAAUUAAAGCCUUUCUUCCACUUCUCAUGUUUCUGGUUGGUGUUUUAAUUCUCUCGGAUGCCUGCUUCCAAGACCCACUGCUCGACGCCACCACUGCCGCUGUAGAAACAGCCUUUGCCGGUGCCAAACACAACUAUACAGUCACCAGCAAGGCAAUUAUUCCGGACGAUUUUGAUGCGAUCCAGUCCAAAAUUAUCGGAUGGAGUGCCAAACCGGGCUUGGACUUGAUCUUGACGUGUGGCGGGACGGGGUUCACCGACCGUGAUAUCACCCCCGAAGCGAUCAGACCCUUGUUGCAUCGUGAAGCGCCGGGUAUUGUCCACCAAUUACUCUCUGAAUCGUUAAAGAUCACCCCGUAUGCCAUUAUGUCGCGUCCCGUCGCUGGGGUGCGUAACCAGUCGGUGGUCAUCACCUUGCCGGGGUCCCCCAAGGCGGCCGUGGAGAAUUUGCAAGCAGUGUUGGGGGUCUUGGGCCAUGCAUUGGCGCAAAUCGGGCUGACAGACUCCAGAGCCUUACACCAGAAGUUCAACCGUACCAUCAACGAUGCAUUGCCCGACAGCGAUUCGUCCCCAGUGGUGCACCCUGUACCUAGCGAUGCUCUGGCAACUUUGCAUAGCAGUUCCCUGCACCAUUGCCCCCACGGGCACACUAAGCCUUCUUGCGGAAUCUCAAAGCACAAACUUGUGUCCAACGACCUUUCCAGUCCCGUGACACUCAGGGCCAGAGCACUGCCGUUUCCGAUGCUUCCAGUGCCAGAGGCGUUGGCGUUGAUCGCAAAGUUUACUCCAGCGCCAACCAAAAUCACUAAGCGAAUCACCGACGAUUUAGCAGGAUAUAUCCUAGCUGAAGACGUCUUUGCGUCUGUUGAUGUCCCCAGUUUCCCGGCCUCCAUUGUGGACGGUUACGCGGUGGUCAGCGCCGACGGAACGGGCACUUACCCCGUAGUGGCGGUGUCGCACGCCAAUGCCUCGGAAAAGACAACGUUACGACCGGGAGAAAUUGCUCGCAUCACCACCGGCGCUCCCGUCCCCUUGGGAGCGGAUGCCGUGGUGAUGGUUGAAGAAACAGAGCUCAUUACUACCGAUGGAACCGAAGAAAAGGAGGUCAAGAUCCUAGCGAUCGGGGUCAAGCCGUUGGAUAACGUCAGAGCCGUUGGAAGCGACAUCCAGAAGGGUACAAAGAUCCUAGCCAAGGGUACCCCGUUCGCUAGUAACGGCAGUGAGGUGGGUGUGCUUGCGAGCGUGGGAGUGACCCAUGUCGCAGUGUUUGCCAAGCCCACCGUAGGGGUCUUGUCCACUGGAAACGAGCUUCUAGACUUGAAGACCUUCACGGGGGAGGUGAAGUACGGACAGAUUUUUGAUAGUAACAGACCGACCCUCUUGUCAGCUGUUAAAAACAGCCACUUUGCGGCGGUGGAUCUUGGGAUUGCAGUAGACAGAGCGGAAUCGCUAGAAGAGGUGAUUCGAGAGGCCUUUGCCCAAUGUGAUAUUCUCAUCACCACUGGAGGGGUUUCGAUGGGCGAGCUCGACUUGCUCAAGCCUGUGAUUGAGCGCAAGCUAGGGGGUGUGAUCCAUUUCGGCCGCGUGGCCAUGAAGCCAGGAAAGCCAACCACCUUUGCGACGGUGGAGAUCGGGGGUUUCACCAAGAUUAUCUUUGGUCUCCCGGGAAAUCCUGCCUCUGCCAGUGUCACCUUUAACUUGUUUGUGUUGCCGUCGAUGAUGAAGAAUGCGGGGUAUGAGCAGUCUGGGGUGGCUACCGUGGACGUGGAGCUUACCCAGGACAUCCGGUUGGACCCCAGACCAGAGUACCAUCGAGUGUAUGUGUUUCAGAAGUACGACGAGGUGACUAAGUUGCACAAACUUGUGGCUGAGAGCACCGGGUUUCAGAGAAGCAGUCGUAUUGGAAGCAUGAAGGGUGCUAAUGGGUUGUUGUGUUUGCCGUCAUCUAAGACGGCAGGGAGUGUGUUGAGGGCUGGUGAGCAUGUCAAGGCCAUGUUGAUUGACUCCCUAAGGAAUUAAAGUACAAGAGUGUGAGAAGUUUGAAAAAUAUCUAUGUCGACAUACCAGAGAAUACAGAGGGUUUGGAGGGGGAAGUUUAGUAACUUUGACACCACAUGCAAUCUAGUACAGGUAGAUUUAUCAGUGGAGAUUCGGUGGUCAGCUUAAGUAAAUGAGGUGGUUUGCAGGUACGUAAUAUAAAUAGCCUAAGUUCGUUAAAAUCCAUAAUUUCUGGUAAGUGACAAUUCGUCACGCAUCUCAG